UUUAAAUUUAGCGCUAGCUGAAACACACACAGAUUGCAAUAGUCCUUUUGCUCGUUUCGAAUAUUUUCCAUUGGCAUUUUCAACCGCUAAAAUACACAUACACACAAGACCGGUGCUCGUUUAAUUUAACAUUACAGACCCACUGUGAGAGUGGCAGAGCUGUUCCCGCCGCAUACACAAACAGACACACGCACGCUGUACACGAUUCAGUGUCACCAAUGCACACGCGCACAAACACACACACACACAUACGCUGUAUCAAUACCGGCUGCCGCAUUCGAAUUUACCAACCCACCAAUACCAAUGUAAAACGGUUCGUUUGCUUAACGAAAAGAUACAUGCACUCAAGAACGAAAUUACUCAGCAUGGGAGCCAUUUUUGUAGUAGAUAUUUUUUCGAAUUGAGACAAGCGCGUCAGGCGUCUACUUUGCGGUGUGUACUCUUCUGUCGAACCGAGUAAAAAAAAAAUAACCAAUAAAUUUCCUAGCACCAUAGUUAAGUGAAACAAGAAAAGGUUUUUUUGCAAGAAAAACUAGAUUUUAUAUUUUGACAACAAAUUAACGUGUGUGAAAAAUCUAUUGUGCGUUUUGUGUGUUCAAUCGUUAAAUCGUUGAAAAUUUUUUGUGAUUGAAAUUAUCUUCAAUUUUCUCUCAUUCAAUCAAAAACUGUUGUAUUUUAAAAAUGGCUACAAAAACAAAGCAUACGGGUCGUUCACAGACGCCAACGGUGCCGAAAUCAACAUCGACGCCAAAUCCACGGGCCCAGAGCCCGCUAAGUCCAACGCGCCAUAGUCGCAUUGCAGAGAAGGUUGAGUUGCAAAAUCUUAAUGACCGUUUGGCUUGCUACAUCGAUCGUGUUCGCUUUUUGGAAGCUGAAAAUUCCCGUUUAGGUGUUGAGGUUCAAACCAUUGUUGAAACGCAAACACGCGAGAAAACGAACAUCAAGCAGAUGUUCGAAUCUGAGCUAUCCGAUGCGCGCAAAGUGUUAGACGAGACAGCUAGAGAGAAAGCUCGAUUGGAGAUUGACACCAAGCGUUUGUUUGAAGACAAUUCUGAUUUGAAGAAUCGUUUGGAAAAGAAGACAAAAGAAUUGAACGCAGCUCUAUUGUAUGAACAACGCUACAAUGAUCUGCAGGCCAAAUACAAUUCGGCUGUUGCUGACAAGAAGAAGGCCCAAGAUGACAACAAGGAACUCGAAAAUGAGAUUGCCAAAUUGAAGGCGGCAUUGAAUGAUUUGCGUAAGCAUUUGGAAGAGGAAACAUUGGCCCGUGUUGAAACGGAGAAUACGGCACAAUCGCUGCGCGAAGAAUUGACAUUCAACACUCAGAUCCACACUCAGGAAUUGAAUGAUACACGUAAACGUACCAUGAUCGAAAUCAGUGAGAUCGAUGGCCGUUUGUCGGAGCAGUAUGAGGCGAAGUUGCAAAAGUCGUUGCGCGAAUUACGCGAUCAAUAUGAAGCUCAAAUGCGCUCCAAUCGUGAAGAAGUUGACGCUUUAUAUGAAGCCAAGAUUAAGAACUAUCAAGGUGAAGCCACUCGUGCCAGUGCCUCAGCUUCCGCUGCCAUCGAAGAGAUUCGCACUACUCGCAGUCAAAUUUCGCAUUUGAAUGAUAAGAUUGCUGAAUUGGAAGGCCAAACAUCCAAUUAUUUGGCACGCAUCCGUGACCUCGAAGCCUUACUCGACAACCAAAUCCGUCUUCGUGCUGAAGACGAGGCUGAAAUUCGCCGUUUGCGCGAAGAAAUGACUCAACAACUCCAAGAAUACCAGGACCUUAUGGACAUUAAGGUUUCAUUGGACUUGGAAAUUGCAACUUAUGGCAAAUUGUUGGCUGGCGAAGAAGAGCGUCUGAACAUUUCGAACACAUCGACCAGCCAAUUUUCGCAAUCGUUUGGUCGUUCGGGCCGGGCCACUCCAGCUGGCCGUGGCACACCAUCUCGUGCCGGUAAACGUAAGCGUACGUUCCUCGAUGACACCGACGAAGUCAGCACCGCUGAUUUCUCCGUAUUAUCAGCAUCGAAAGGCGAUGUUGAAAUCCAAGACUCAUGCCCCGAAGGUAAAUUUGUGAAGCUAUUCAACAAGGGUGAAACCGAAAUUGCUAUCGGCGGCUGGCAAUUGAAACGUGCUUCAGGCGAAAAUGAAACCGUCUUCAAAUUCCAUCGUUCAGUCAAAAUCGAACCAAAGGGAGUCGUCACCGUUUGGUCAGCUGAAACUAAUACCACACAUGAACCACCAGCAAACAUUGUUAUGAAGCAAAAAUGGUUCCCAGGGGAAUUGAUCAAAACACAUCUGAUCAACGCGGACGGCGAGGAAGUGGCCACCAAUGAACGGAUACGAAAGGUGUUGAGCACACGUGCCACUCGUCUACGAUAUGGUGAAGAUUUGCACCAUCAGCAGGGCGAUCCACAAACCAACGGCAAUGAAAAAUGCUCAAUCAUGUAAAUGAUGCUCUCUGCACGCCCAGACACGUACGCCACCCACUUAUACCAUCAAAAAGUAAAUGGUCCAUAAAAUAAAAGCAAAUCAGCAACGAGAAAGAGAUUUAAAAAGAAGGAAUGAGUUUAUUUCCCUACAGAAAUGCAAAGAAAAAAAACAAGAAUUUUUUUUAGAAUUUUUCGUUGAUCAAAACCAUUGUGUUUUUUUUUUUUAAAAAAAACCCGUUCAAACAUACAUACGAUUAGGUCAAAAUAACAGUCAUGCAGAUAAGUCAAAACAAAUAGCAACAAAAAUUAUAAAAAAUCAAUCGAAAAUACAAAAUUGCAUGGUACACAAACAUAUGUAGUAGUAAGAAAAGGAAAAAAAAAAAUUGUAGCGGGCAAGCGAAUCAUAAGAACCACCAGUUCCAUACAAUAGAGAUUAAGACAAAAUUUAUAGGUAUAGGCUCAACUAACAAUGAAACAAAGAAACAAAACAAAAACAAACCGAAUCUAUUGCAAAAAAAUUAUUCAAAUAAAUAGAACAAACAAACAACAACAACAACAAAAAUUAAAAGCAAGCCCGAAGAUUAUAAAAACAAAAAUGUACGUCUCGUAUACCAUCUAAAGUUAAACUGUCCUGCUUUUGUGCUUUGUCGACGUUUAAUAUAUUUACGUUUCUUUUUUUCUUUAUAUUCCUCCUUUCUAUUUACUAAUAAAGGUUCAUUCAGUUUA